AUGGGUCUCCUCGAAGGUCUCGGCAAGCAGGUCAGUACCCGACCGCAUCAUGCACCCCCGCUUUCUCACAGCUGACAUAGCCGUCUCUUUUCCUGUACAGCCUGGUCAGUAACGUGUCGAUGGGAACCUCUGAGGUGGCUGCCAUCGCGUGGACUGGAGGACGCGGUCAGCAUUGGGCGAACCUCCCCCACACGCUGCGGCUGCACCUCCUACGGGCUAGUGCGACCCAUCGCUAAACCCGCACGCUCCUCGUCUGUCCGUCGAGCAGAAUCAUUCAAGCUGAAAGCCAACUACAAAUUCCACAAGGUCAUUGUGCGUCCACAUGCUCUCUAUCCUCCCCUCUGGCCUCUCGGGGUAGAGUUCCGUCGGAGCUUGCUGCGACUCUCACGCGUGACGAUAAACCCGUGCCUGCCCAACUCACGCGCCAUCGUGUUGGGUUUCAUUUCAUCGCAGGGACAAGGUGCAUUUGGCGAAGUCAGGCAGGCAACAUGGACUCGAAAGGACGGUACCAAGCUCGAAGUAGCCGUCAAGGUUAUCAAGUCAGUCUCGUCCCGCAAGACCCCUCGGCGAUCGCAAACUACCCCCACCAGAUCACUCACCAGCCUCGGCCUUACCGUUUCAUCCGCUCACAGGAAGAAACAGGUCAAGGGGAAUCUUGGCGACGUGUUCGAUGAGAUCCGACUACUCGAUGGUUUGGACCAUCCCAACAUUGGUCAGUGCACACCUUCCUGGAUCUCUCCGGUCGGCAGCCGGGGCUCUAAACCACGAACACCAUCGGCCCACAGUCAAAUUCUACGAAUCGUUCGAGUCGCGAGAGAAGUUCUAUCUCGUCUUCCAACUCGCAUCGGGGGGAGAGCUGUUUGAGCGCAUCGCCGAACAAGGCAAAUUUACAGAGGCCGACGCCGUCAAAAUCGUCCGCAUGAUCCUCGAAGGCGUCAAGUACCUGCAUGCCCAUCACGUCGUACAUCGCGAUCUCAAGCCCGAAAAUCUCAUAUAGUAAGCUGAGUGAAACGGAUCUGCGUAACACUACGCGUGCUCAUUGCACAAUUCACUCUUCCUUGACAGCUUGGAGCCGAACGGUGACGAUUUGGUGAUUGCCGACUUUGGGUGAGUCGAGAGCCCGGUUUCCGUCGGACGUCAAAAACCUAUAUGAACCUCCUUUUCAAUUCAGUAUCGCCAAGCAUUGGGACGACGGCGAGGUUUUGACCAGUCUUGCUGGGUCGCCCGGAUAUGCCGGUAAGCCCCUCGUGCGACUGGGAAGCCGGCGAAGAUGUAGCGUCACUAACUACAGGGUCCUUCUCCAUUCAUAUCUAGCGCCAGAGGUAUUGACACAGACCGGUCACGGCCCGGCAGUCGACCUAUGGUCUGUUGGGUGAGCCAUACCGACUCGACUCCAGGCCCGCGAGGGCGCUGACGAAUCGCUAGCACCGUUCGCAGCGUCAUCUGUUACACCCUGCUUUGCGGUUAUGGACCUUGGAGAAGAACAGAGAUGCGAGAUUUGAUCGAGGAAUGCAAGGCCGCUAACGUCCAAUUGUGAGGUCGACCGUCCGUCUCGAUCAGUCACCGCUGGGCCUGAACUAACCGCCAGGAUCGAAUCGUUUGGCUUUCACCAGCCACGAACAAUACUGGAGCAAAAUCUCGCACGAAGCCAAAGAUUUUAUCAAGGUGCUGAUCCGUCCCGACCCCGCCGAAAGACCGACGGCGGAACAAGCGCUCAAGCACCGAUGGGUCACUUCCCACGAACCAAGCGAGGAACAUGAUCUGGGCGGCUUGAGGGAGAAUUGGAACUCGAGGAAGAAGUGGAAGUCGACGGUUGGGACGUUGAUCGCGACGAGGAGGAUGGUGAUGGCUGCUCAGAAGGCCAAGGAAUCGACGGGGGAGAGUAGUGGGGAUGAUGGGUUCGGGACGGCGGAUGAAGGGGACGAUGAACUACUGCGAAAGUUGCAUGAGACGGCUGGAAAGACAACGUCGAAAGAGGUUGAGGACGUUCAGAAUGAUCUUCAAGAGCUCAAGACAAGUUGA